GCCUUCCUUGUCCAGCGUGGGGCGGGGCACUCCCACAUCCACCGCAUCCCAAGCCGACGGCCGCGGUGGCGACCCGCCGAGUCGCCGCGUGCCGGUGCCGUGUGGACCGGGAGCGCGCCGUGGCGCGGUUGAAGGGAGCCCCACCACACCCCCUUGAGUUCUUGUCGCCCACUCAGCCUCCCGUCGCUGCCGGCGUGGCGCCCACCCUAGGACGCCCGCCACCUGCUCGUGCAAAUGCGAGAGCCAGAGCCGGCCACAGCGGUGCUACCCGUUUACGCGCAUUGUCGUUGGGGGGAAGAGUGCGGUCAUGAUUCGCGUGUGCCUCCAGUACCGUCCUGUUGGCAGGCUCACAGCAGAGCCGCUGCGGGGCUCCGGUCUCUGUCGUGGAGUCACGGAACUGCUACUUCGUCGGAUCCUUCAUGGAGAUUCAGGGAACAAAUGGUGCAAUUUUCUUGUUCCGAAGAAGUUGACAGCACAGAAGGAAACUCACACGCUUGUGCAUAUGGAUCACUUCCACUAUAAUUCUAUAAAGGGGCGAGUAUGCAUGUUUGGCAUGAUGAAUGGACCCCAUGUAUAUACCCUGUGAAGUCGGGUCCUGAUGGCAACAGGCCAGAUAAAUGACGUCUCCAUGAGAGUUCAGUUAGUUGAGGCCAGCUUAUGUGUUCUUCAGGGGCUGCCUGGCAAACACCACACACCACUCACCGGUGCAACCCGCAAGUGCAGCCGUGUGCAGGUGGAAGACGAACAGUAUUAGGGGAGCUUAAGAUUUUGAAAAUCAGUUGGUGAGAAGCUCACGGGUGAGAAUCUGGAGACUUUAAUUCAUUUUUUGAAUUCUAAAACUAUAACUUCUCAAAAUCAGAGUGAAAAUUUGGACUGUUUGGGGAAAGCUUUUGGUAUCUGCAGAUUCCAGAAAAAUCUCUAGCUGCGAGAAGCUCUCCCAAACAGGCUCAAAACCCGCAGUUAGCUAGCGUGCGCCAAGCCCCUCCUACAUUCCGGUGCGCGCGCGCCAGCGCCCGGAGCCCACCGCGAGUCGUCGAAUGUGCGCAGAGCCCCGUCCCUUUCGUCCGAUCCCUCGGCGACUUGCUUCCCCGGCCGGCAGCCUACUCAUCAUGCACGAACCCAUCGCCCCAAAAAAGAGCCGCGCAUCGUGCGCAGCAUAAUCAUAGCUAUCGCUGAAACGCCUGCACCUUCCCCUCCUCCUCCAUUCGCUUACCUCGCCAUUGACAUCGCAUCAGCUCUUCUCCAUCUGUAUCUGUCCGUUUUUCUUUCAUCCAUCUCCGUCUUUUCGUGCAACUCUCCAGCUUCAGCUUCAGUGCCUUCUCUCUACCAAGUACGUGAAGAAGAGCUUCAUCUAUGCCUCUACUAGAUCAGAGAUGCUAGCUAGCGCUCUAGCUAGCUGCUAGCAAGGAGCGCACCAGCAAGGGCACCACCACUGGCUUAAGUACAUGGCUUUAGGGGAGAGGGCGAGGGCGAGGGCUCCUCCCAUGGUCGUGCGGCGCACGGCCGUCCUCCUCCUCCUCCUACAUCUCGUGUUCGUCAUCGCCGCAGCGGCUGCCGCGGUGGAUAGGCGUCGGCCAGCCGAGGCGAUCGUCGGCGGGUGGCGGCAGCGGCGGCGGCUCCAGGCUCUGAUGCAGGAGAAGGCCACGCUGCUGGCCUUGAAGCGGGGCCUCACGUUGCUGUCGCCGAAGCUGCUUGCUGAUUGGAACGACUCCAACACCGACGUGUGCGGCUUCACCGGCGUCGCCUGCGACCGGAGGCGGCAGCACGUCGUCGGCCUUCAGCUCUCCAACAUGAGCAUCAACGGCUCCAUCCCGCUGGCGCUCGCCCAGCUGCCGCACCUCCGGUACCUCGACCUGUCCGACAACCACAUCUCCGGCGCCGUCCCCUCAUUCCUCAGCAACCUCACGCAACUCCUGAUGCUCGACAUGUCCGAGAAUCAACUCUCCGGCGCCAUCCCGCCGUCUUUCGGCAACCUCACGCAACUCCGGAAGCUCGACAUAUCGAAAAACCAGCUCUCCGGCGCCAUCCCGCCGUCCUUCGGCAACCUCACGAACCUCGAGAUCCUUGAUAUGUCCAUCAAUGUUCUCACAGGCCGAAUCCCAGAAGAGCUCUCCAACAUCGGCAAGCUCGAAGGCCUCAACCUCGGCCAGAACAACCUCGUCGGCAGCAUACCGGCGUCAUUCACCCAGCUGAAGAACUUGUUCUACCUCAGCCUCGAGAAGAACUCCUUGUCAGGUUCUAUCCCCGCCACGAUCUUCACAAAUUGCACGCAAAUGGGUGUAUUCGACCUCGGCGACAACAACAUCACCGGCGAGAUCCCCGGCGACGCCUCGGAUAGCCUUUCCGACAGGUUCGCCGUCCUUAAUCUCUACUCCAACAGCCUCACCGGGAGGCUUCCGCGGUGGCUCGCCAACUGCACUAUUCUCUACCUGCUGGACGUGGAGAAUAACUCGCUCGCCGACGAUCUGCCGACCUCCAUCAUCUCCGGCUUGCGCAACCUCAGGUACCUGCAUUUGUCGAACAACGUCCAUUUCGCGAGCGGCGACGGCAACACCAACCUGGGGCCCUUCUUCGCCGCGGUGUCGAACUGCACCAGCAUACUGCAGAUCGAGGCCGGAGCACUGGGCAUCGGCGGGCGGCUGCCGAGCUUGCUCGGCUCGCUGCUGCCGCCUAACAUGUCACACCUCAACCUGGAGCUCAACGCCAUCGAAGGCCCGAUCCCCGCCGACAUCGGCGACGUGAUAAACAUCACGCUGAUGAACCUGUCGAGCAACCUGCUCAACGGGACGAUCCCGACGUCCAUCUGCUGGCUGCCGAAUCUGCAGCAGCUCGACCUGUCCCGCAACUCGCUCACCGGCGCCGUGCCGGCGUGCAUCAGCAACGCCACGAGCCUCGGCGAGCUGGACCUGUCGAGCAACGCGCUGUCGGGGAGCAUCCCGAGCAGCAUCGGCAGCCUGAAGCUGUCCUACCUCUCCCUGCACAGGAACCAGCUGUCCGGCGAGAUACCGGCGAGCCUCGGCCAGCAUCUCGGCAUUGUGCGGCUCGACCUCUCCAGCAACCGGCUGACCGGCGAGAUACCUGACGCCGUCGCCGGCAUUGUCCAGAUGUCGCUGAACCUCUCUCGAAACCUGCUCGGCGGCCGGCUGCCGAGGGGGCUCAGCAGGCUGCAGAUGGCGGAGGUCAUCGACCUGUCAUGGAACAAUCUCACCGGCGCGAUCUUCCCGGAGCUCGGCGCCUGCGCCGAGCUGCAGGUCCUCGACCUGUCGCACAACUCGCUCACCGGCGUCCUCCCGUCGUCGCUCGACGGCCUCGAGAGCAUCGAGCGCCUCGACGUCUCCGACAACUCCCUCACCGGCGAGAUCCCGCAGACCCUGACCAAAUGCACGACGCUCACCUACCUCAACCUGUCGUACAACGACCUCGCCGGCGUCGUGCCCACCGCCGGCGUCUUCGCCAACUUCACCUCGACGUCAUACCUCGGCAACCCGCGGCUCUGCGGCGCCGUGCUCGGGCGCCGCUGCGGGAGGCGACACCGGUGGUACCAGUCCCGGAAGUUCCUGGUCGUGAUGUGCAUCUGCGCCGCCGUGCUGGCGUUCGUGCUGACGAUCCUCUGCGCGGUCAGCAUCCGGAAGAUCCGGGAGCGGCUGGCGGCGGUGCGGGAGGAGUUCAGGAGGGGCCGACGCCGCGGCGGCGGCGGCUCGUCGCCGGUGAUGAAGUACAAGUUCCCGCGGAUCACGUACCGGGAGCUGGUCGAGGCGACGGAGGAGUUCAGCCCAGACCGGCUCAUCGGCACGGGCAGCUACGGCCGCGUGUACCGCGGCACGCUGCGCGACGGCACCAUGGUCGCCGUGAAGGUGCUCCAGCUGCAGUCCGGGAACUCCACCAAGAGCUUCAACCGCGAGUGCCAGGUGCUGAAGCGCAUCCGCCACCGGAACCUCAUGCGGAUCGUCACGGCGUGCAGCCUGCCGGACUUCAAGGCGCUGGUGCUGCCGUUCAUGGCGAACGGCAGCCUCGAGCGGUGCCUCUACGCGGGGCCGCCGGCCGGCGAGCUGAGCCUCGUGCAGCGCGUCAACAUCUGCAGCGACAUCGCCGAGGGGAUGGCCUACCUGCACCACCACUCCCCGGUCAAGGUCAUCCACUGCGACCUCAAGCCCAGCAACGUGCUCAUCAACGACGACAUGACCGCUCUCGUCUCCGACUUCGGCAUCUCCCGCCUCGUCAUGAGCGUCGGCGGCGUCGCCAACGCCGCCGACGUCGGCGCCUCCACCGCCAACAUGCUCUGCGGCUCCAUCGGAUACAUUCCUCCAGAGUACGGGUAUGGCUCGAACCCGACGACGAAGGGCGACGUGUACAGCUUCGGCGUGCUGGUGCUGGAGAUGGUGACGAGGAAGAAACCGAUCGACGACAUGUUCGACGCGGGGCUGAGCUUGCACAAGUGGGUGAAGAACCACUACCACGGCCGGGCCGACGCGGUGGUCGACCCGGCUCUGGCGCGCAUGGUGCGGGACCAGACGCCGGAGGUCAGGAGGAUGUCCGACGUGGCCAUCGGCGAGCUGCUGGAGCUCGGCAUCCUCUGCACGCAGGAGAGCGCGGCCGUGCGCCCGACCAUGAUGGACGCCGCCGACGACCUGGACCGGCUCAAGCGGUACAUCGGCGGUGAGACCACGGCCACGUUCGCGUCGUCGCUGGGCUUCUCAUCCUCAACAUUUGAAGAUCUCGACGACUAGCAGCAGGCAGCAGCAUCUCCUAAGGACGCAUAUGAAUCAUGCAUGAUGUGUAAAUAGCUAGGAAUUUAGCUAAGAGGCAGGAAGAUUAUUUGUCAGGAAAUUAAAGAAGUGUGCAAUUUGUGCAGAAAUAUUGCGAGAUUUAUAGGAUUCUUUGGAAGUAUCUGAUUAAAUUUUGAUGGAGUGAUAUCUUCGGUUAUAGAUAUCGAUAAAUACAUUAAUCCCAGUGUGUAGCUGAUUCAGUCGUAUUGCUUAUGCAUGCUCUUCCUUCC